AUGUACGUUGUUGUGAUUCAAAGUACAGCUUUGAACGCUGAUUACCGACUUAAAUUUGACACUAAGAACAUUCAAAGUAACAUUCCCAUAUUGAAAAAAAGAUACACCAGUUUAGCUAGUUCUUUUGUUUGUGAUAAUCUAAAAAAUUUGAAAGUUUUGGAUGCCAUGGACUUGAAAACUCUAUCUCCUCCAUUUCAAAAAGAUAUGAAGGACAAAAUUUAA